AUGAAAGAUCUGUCUUCCUUCUUCCUCAAGAAACAAUUUCUCGCCUUGAGAAUGCGAGGACGAAGUUCACGUAGCGGCUUUGCGAGCUCUUGUGGUGGCGAUGGCGGCUCGAUUUCCACACUAAAUCAACAUCAAAACACUGAUGUGAGACCAUAUAUCAAACCUGGCAACACUCUUUUUGGUGGAGGGUCGCCGAGAACGUUCGAGGAUAUGAUACUUAAGCUAGAGGUUGAAGAAGAUAUUGUUCGGAGAGCUAGGUUACGUGAAUCUUACUACGGCUCUUUUGAUAAGUGCAUCGACGACGAUGAUAACUUAUAUCAGCCUGUUAGGAUGCCAUGCAUUAACAGUUCCGAUAUUUUAAGGAGUUCAUGA